GUGUCGUAACUCGUUUUAUCAACAAUUAUUUAAAUAAAUUUUAUUGAGUGGGCUGUUAUGGCUCCAAAAUUUCCAGUGCGAAAUCAAAAAAGCAAAAAAUUUUCUCGAUUGGCUUUACCAUUUAAAUCUUCAACUUGAAGGUUAGAAACCAAAAAUUAUUCGACUUUUAACAAACAAAUUGAAUUCCGCAUGUGAAAGUGCUAUAUAAAAUAAAGUAAUCGAAGAAAAUCUGUCCCAAUUUUCCGUCGAUUUCUCGUCUUAAUUAAAUAUUUAAUAAAAAAAGUGAUAAAAUCGGAAUUAUUCUUCAUAAUUCACGAUGGUGAGACUCACUGAAGAAAUGGUUAUUGCGAGAACAAGAGUUUCGGAUUUGACAAAUGUCAAACAACUUAAUUGUUGGAAAAUAUUGUUUUCGUUUUAGGGGAACGGAACUAACAGACGUCAGCAUUCUACAAAGAAUGAAAAAUGUGGAAGUUUUAUCCUUGAGUGUCAACGGCAUCGAUACUCUGGCGCCUUUCCAAUACUGCAUGAAUCUCCGGGAUUUAUUUGUGAGGAAAAAUAAUAUCCAGGACUUGAAUGAAGUCUGUUUUCUGCAAGAUUUGCCAAAUUUACGAAAUCUCUGGCUAAACGAAAAUCCCUGCGCAGAAAGAGAAGGAUAUCGAUUGUCAGUCCUGCGAGUCUUGCCAAAUUUGCAGAAACUCGACGACAAAAUUGUCUCGGAAGAAGAAGUUCAAAUCGCUCUUUCGAGAGGAAAAAUCUUGAUUCAUCCCUUGGAUUUCGAAGCUUCUUCCCCACAACCAGAUCCAAAUCUUGAGUUUCAGGAAGAAUUGACUGAAUAUCUGGAGGAACCGGAAUUAGUUCAACGAAGGAGAUACAGUUCUUCCAGUGAUCAGAGAAGCUACGACGAGCCGCUCGAGCAUCACGAAGAUCACGUAACCGAUAAGAGAAAUGCAAAUUAUGAUCCAUCCCCUUCCCCUCAUUACGCGCCAAAUAAUCAUUACGGCUACGAGUACUCAAAUAUCCUUUCUGCGGUUUUGAGCCUCGUCAAAGAACUCGAUUAUCCGAGCCUCCAGGUCGUGGAAGUAGCGAUCAGAAAUCGAAAGGAUGAUUUAAUGGAAGAAUGAUGUUUCUGGCGCCGUCCCUAAUUUUUCACUCAGGGGGCGGUCCGGAUAAUCUGGCUUUUUAAACUCCUGAGUUUAUUACUUUUUUCUUCGAUCCCCACACAUUCCACGGAAAUAGAACAAAAGAAAAUCUUGAUUUAUUAGUUAAUUUUACGAUUUAAUACUCCGUCGUUUUACAGGGUGGCCGCAGGUUAGAAAAAAUCUGGAAAUCGACGAAAAAAUCAGGGAUUUUAAAGAAAAAA